CACUUCAUAGAGAGCACUUAUACCUUAAUUGCAUGUGAUUUUAUUUGGACAACAGUGUCUGCCAAAUUCACAACCAUUAAUUUAAUUAAAUUACUGACAACAAAAAACUUUUACCAUUUUUUGUUUGUCUGCAAUUUCAGUUGUAACUGCUGUCAAAACAAUCAAACAUCCCCCAAAUCAGAGAUUUUAAACACUUUCACUUUCCCGUAUGUCGCAGGUUGUUUAACCACUGUGUAGCAGAAGAAUAACAUGAGAAAUUAUAGGCACGUCACAUUCAGAUAACUUCCUCCUGCUGCAGCAGGUUGCAUGUUGAGAAUGCUGGACUGGAAAGCACCAAAUAUCUUACAUGCAGACUGCAACUCAAUCCAAAAGUGAUUCUCCACAGUCUACAGUAAAUUAAAUUGCAGUUUCAUCAUGACUUCUGUGAACACGUCGUGUUCCACUAACAUGACUGUCUGGAAACACACAAUAAACCAGCUCUACACAUACGUUUACCUGAUCAUAUUCAUCCCAGGCCUGCUGUGCAACACCCUGGCUCUUUGGGUUCUCUGUCGAUUCAUAAGCAAAAAGACCAAAGCCGUCAUCUUCAUGAUUAACCUGACCAUAGCUGAUCUGGCUCAUGUGCUGUCGCUGCCGCUUCGAAUUCACUACUACUUCAAAGAUGAAUGGCCUUUUGGCAGCGGGUUAUGCAUGCUAUGUUUUUACCUGAAGUACCUUAACAUGUACGCUAGCAUCGUCUUUCUGGUGUGCAUCAGCGUCCAGCGCUGUGCGUUCCUCCUGCGGCCGUUCUGUGCCAGGAACUGGAAGAGACGCUAUGACAUCUGCAUCAGCGCCGCGGUCUGGCUGGUGGUUGGGCUCUGCUGCUCGCCCUUCAUUUUAAUGAGGAGAAAAUCAAAUUCUGGAAAUAACACCAAAACCUGCUUCAAAGACCUGCCGAUGCGUCAGCUGGGUUUAACCUCGGCCAUUUCCAUGAUGGUUGGUGCUGAGCUCUUGGGAUUUCUCUGUCCAUUAAUAAUGAUUGGUUUAUGUACUUAUUUAAUCGUGAAAUCCAUGCGACGGCGGAACCAAAAGCAGCAUUCGACGGGCAGCACGAGAAAGGCCUUGCGCAUGGUUAGAGUGUGCACAGGGGUCUUCCUCUUCUGUUUCGCCCCUUACCACAUCAACUUCCUGCUGUACCUGAUGGUGACCCAGAACAUUAUAACAAACUGUGAAGCGGGUCAGGCCAUCAAAAUCUUCCACCCCAUCUCUCUUUGCAUCGCGAGCCUCAACUGCUGCCUCAACCCUCUCAUCUACUACUUCCUGACCACAGAGUUCAAGCAGCAGCUGUCUCAGCACGGCAGCUCUGUGCUCAGGGGCCGCCUGAUGAGCACAGAGAGCACCUCUUCAUUUAGGGACUGAUCAGGGGCCACCAACAUUUUUACCAUUGAAGCCAUUUAUUUGACUUCAGUGUAAAAACAUGGACAUUUAGGGUGCAAAUUAUGCCUUCAGACAGUGUACAAAGUGAUGUCUAUGCAUUACGUACUAUAGCUUGAACAAAAAGAUAUAAAGCUUACAAACUGAAAUGUUAUAUCCAGCAAGUAUUGUUUUGACCAAAAUCACAGCCUUUCACGGCAUGGGUUAAGUAUUUUAAGUUUAACAAUGACAGCCAUCAAAGACUAAUUUAAAUGGGAGAAAAAUUUUAUUUACGACUGACUGCAUGACAGAGAUAUUUUUGUUAAUGCAGAUGCAGAAUGAGAUGAUAGUGUCUCUCUCACUAGACCGAUAGAAGUGAAAAUGCUAAAGUCAGCUGAGCUUUAGUUGAACUGACCAGGCCAACUAAACACCACAUCCCAUAUUCACAAAACAUCUUACCACUGAGAGUUCUCCUAAAUAGCAGUAAGAGCUUUUAAGAGUUUUAAGUUUUCCCUUAAAUCCUAUUCACAAAGCUGCUGAGACUAACUUUAACUAAGGAAUAGACAGAAUUCUUACCCUGUGUCCCAGUGUGCACCAUUAAAGUAUGUACUUUCUUGGUAAAAAAAAAAAGUUCACACUUUUAAGUGUGUAGUAGAAGAGUAGGCAAGUUUUGGGACAUACUAUCACACCACACAAUUGUGUGUUU